AUGGUGCUCGGUGGUCAGGUCACGGUGCUCCCCAACUGCUCAGUCACCAGCCCAAUGGUGGACACAGCUAUGGGCACCCUUCUGGCCCUAGAGUGUGGGCUGGGCCUGCUGGGCAAUGCCAUCGCCUUGUGGACAUUCUUCUUCCACCUCAAGAUGUAGAAGCCUUACGCAGUCUACCUGUUCAGCCUGGUGGUGGCCGACCUGCUGCUGACUGCCUGCCUGCUGUUCUAUGCUGUCUACCUGAGGCACAAGGCCUGGGGUCUGGGCCUCAAGUCCUGUCAGACCCUGCUUUUCCUGCUGACCCUCAGCCAUGGAGUGGGGGUGGCCUUCCUGGCUGCAGUGGCCUCAGACCAUUGCCUGCGUGCGGUUCACCUUCGGCUGAAAGUCAACCUUCUGCCCUCAAGGGCAGCCUGGGGCAUCUCAGUCCUCGUCUGACUUCUCUUGGGCACCCUCACCUUGCUCAUCUCCAAGACAGCCUGGAACGCCACUGAGUGUCCCAGCUUCUACCCCACGGUCAAGGCCUCUGGCAUCACCUGGCAGGAGAUGCUCUUCCUCCUUCAGCUGCUUCUUCCCUUUGGCCUCAUCAUGUUCUGCAACUCAGGUGUCCUCAGGACACUCCAGAGCCAACUGAGAGAGCCUGACAGGCAGCCCCAGCUGCAGAGGGCCAGGGUGCUGGUCACUGUGGUGCUGCUGCUGUUCUUGCUGUGCUUCCUGCCCAGCAUGCUGGCUGGCAUCCUGGUGAACAUCCUCAGAGGUUCAGGCAGCUGUGAUGUCCUGCAUGUGGUGGUGCACGUGGCCGACAUUGCAGGCAGCUUCACCUACCUGCACAGUGUGCUGAGCCCAGUGUUCUACUGCUUCUCCAGCUGGGCCUUCAGCUGCUCCUACCACAAGGUGCUGGACAGACUGCGGGGCUGGAGCAGGGCAGCCAGGCCCCCCAGCUUUGACAAGGACUCCUACUCCUGA